UCUUUCUCCAAGCUGAUGGGUAGGUCUUGCUCACCUCCUUUCCUGCAAAUGCUCCAAGCUUCGCAGAGAGCUGAAAAUGAAGGACAGAUUAGAGGAGCUGAGGAGCCGCAUGUAUGAAAAUGGGGACUCUUUGGAUCUGGAUGAGACCCUUUCGUUUGACAAUCCUGUUUUUCAAGAAGAUGGGGGCAAUCCCAUGAGUAAGGUUUUGCAAGAAGUAAGCAGCCUCUCCUUGGCUCUGGACAAGUUGGAGCAAUUAUCUGAGAACAUUGAUAAGAAACAGCAGCAGGUGCUGUGCUGCACCACGGAAGAAAGCGUUUGCGAGGAGAAAAAAGAGCUGAGCACCAUGAAAGAUGCUUUCACCAGGGAGGCUAAAACUCUCCAGCCAAGGCUCAAUGGCAUCCUGGAGGCCCUUGCCAAGGACAGUGGUAAGUGGCUGGCCAUCAGCCGCAUUCGCUACAGCCAGUUCUUGGUGCUGCUCAACCGCUACCGUGAGAUCAUCACCCGCCACUAUGCCAAGGAAACCCACUAUGUGGAGAAGCUGAAGGAGCAGAUCCAGAGGCAAACGGAACUGGCAGGUUUGAGUCUCCAAGAGGAGGAUAUCAAGCAACUGGUGGAGAGCCCAAUGAUGCCACGCAUUGUUGGCCAAGACUUGGAGGUGCUCAAAGCCAAGCAGCACCUUGCCAUGGCCCAGGUGCGCCACCAGCAGCUGCUGGACUUGGAGGCCCAGAUCAGUGAGCUACACUCCCUCUUCUUACACUUGGAGAUCCUGGUUUUAGAACAACAGGAGGUCCUCAACAGUAUUGAGUACAACAUCCUGCACACCAUUGAUUACAUUUCCCAGUCCAACGAGGAAGUCAAGAAAGCCAUCAAAUACGAGCGCCAUUCCCGGUUGUCCUCCAUGUUGUCUGCGCUCCUCGGCCUUUGUGCCUGUUGUACGUGCUUAUCGUGUAUGGCAAAUCCAAGUGUGAUGCGCUGAACAAAAAAGGGAGAGAGGAAUUUCUUUCAAGGAGAAAGGAGAACCCUUGAUGACCGAGAGCAUUCUGGAGGAUUGGAUGUACAUCUGAGAACAAGUCAGUCUGGAUAAAGGGGGUUGAUGGAUGCUUCCAGAAAGGCAAUGCUGGCUUGGGUUCAGUUGAGUAUUUGGCUCUAUUUUUCAAAGCAAAAGAAGAGGCCUGCUGAGAAAGGACAUGGGUUCAGCAGAGCUCAGCACCCUUUCUGUUUCCAGCAGUAUACAACUCUACUUCUGGAUUGCUAGUAUGCAGGCUGCCAUGGUCCCUUGUCCUAGUUGUAAGUUUUAACUACUAGUAUUCAGCUGCCUCCCACACCAAGAGAUUCUGUUUUGCUAAGCCUGGUGAACUGUGGUGAACAGAUCUGUUCUCCUUGCAUCUGUUUUGGGAUUGGUGUUCUUUACAAGGAUACCAGGGCAAUGGCAAAGCAGUUGUCUCAUCAGCUCCUGGACCACUCAGUUGAGCUGAAAGGGAGCAGCCAGGGCUUAUAAUGAAGAAUCUUUGACUCAUAAUCCUGGAUGUGUGACCAUUACACAAACAAUGAAAGAAAAGUACCUCUGCACAUGCUCAAAUGCACUUUCUGAUGUUUGAUGUGUUUGCGUGUUCCAAAAACAGAUGUUUCAAAAACAGGCUUAGAAUUGAAGCAAGCUGCUUCAGGAGGCCCCAUUCAUGCAAAAUGCAGUUAAUGGAGUCUAAAUGCUUCAGCAAAGUUUUACAAGUGUUGGUUUUAGCAGAGGACACCCUACAAAUAACAAAAUACCUUGAGCUGCAAAACAGGUUCUGUGGCAACAGUGCUGAUUUCUGACUUCACUGAAA